GAAGAGGAAGAAGCUAUUUGGAAUCAGGAAGUGCGUGUGUUCGGCGAAUGAGUUGUCGUUGAAUAAAACCCGUUUGUUUUUACGAAGCUCCGGAGCAUUGCAAAGGCUUGUUGAAUAUUUUUUUCUUGCGUUAAACUCUACUGCAUGCACAUAAUGAAAGCUUUAAAUUGCCAGUCCAGUACAUAGUGUGUCAAUUUACUCGUAGUCCCCACGGUCGACGAAUCAACAUUAGAUGUAGACAAGGUUCGCAUUCUUGCACUCUGUUGGAGAGUCUAACUUUUGUUUGCUCGUUUCUGUUUUGUCGGAUUUUUAGAAAUACAUUUUUACUUGUGCAUUGUUCAAAACAGCCCUCGCUGAGACAUGAAAAAGAGGUUUAAUAUAAAUUUGGACGAUUCUGCCUUUACCAAAGAGAGAACACCACCAAAGCAGCAUUUUCAACCAUCAACAACUGUGGGACAAAGCAAAACCAAUGCACGUUCAUCACCAGUAAAGGAGGGCCAGCCUUUGUCCUAUGCUCAAUAUAUAAUCAAAGCUAAAGCUCAAGGGGCUGUGCCGCUUCAACGAGAUGGGUCCAAUGAAAUGCCCACAUCUGAAAUUGGUGGAGCCCCCAAUAAUGCCCAUCUCAGGCAACGCGAACCUGAAGCAAUGCCUCCUGGGGAAAGAAUGAGUGGAAGUGAUGAGAUGAUGAAGAGCGAGGAGACUCAGGGGUCCGGUUGUGGUCAAAAAGAAGUAAACUGUCCAAGCCUCGGUGCAAAACCCGCUGGGUCCAGAAGCAGCAUUAUUGUCAGUCCCAGACAGAGGGGGAAUCCUAUUUUGAAGUUUGUGACGAGGGUCCCAUGGGAGUUUGGAGAAGUUGUCCCAGACUAUGUUCUGGGCCAGACAACUUGUGCUCUCUUUCUCAGUCUGCGGUAUCACAGUCUGAAUCCAAACUAUAUUCAUGAUCGACUUAAGCAGCUUGGUCAGAGCUUCACCCUUCGCGUCUUACUAGUUCAAGUGGAUGUGAAAGACCCCCACCAUGCAUUGAAGGAGCUGGCUCGCAUCUGCAUUCUGGCUGACUGCACUCUUAUUCUGGCAUGGAGUCCAGAGGAGGCAGGACGUUACCUGGAAACAUACAAAUCAUAUGAGAAGAAACCAGCAGACCUCCUGAAAGAGCAAGUGGAAACAAAUUAUUUAGCAAAGGUGACUGACUGCUUGACCACCGUGAAGUCCAUCAACAAGACAGAUGCUAUGACAUUACUGUCUACUUUUUCUUCUAUGGAAGGAAUCACCAGUGCAUCAAAAGAAGACCUGGUUCUCUGUCCAGGCCUCGGUCCACAAAAAGCACAACGACUCUAUGAUGUGCUUCAUAAACCUUUCCUAAAAUCCAAGACAAAGUGACAGUUGAGGAAAUUGAAUCUGCAGUAUGUGGAAUGAAAAGACUUUUGGAAAGUACAAGGACAUUUUAACUGUUGUUAUUAUGUGUGCUAAAGUGCUGUUUAUGAAUAAACAUUUUCAUGUGUUAA